AUGGAGUAUGAUAACCACAGAGAGGCGCUGUUGAAAGGGGGUGUCAGCGGAGAGUACCAGGAUGACAGCAUUGAUCUCCUGCAGUUCUUCACUGUCACCUGUUACUCCGGUUACGGAGAUGAUGAAAAGGGCUUUUACACCAUAUACAGGAAUGUGUGUGAAUGUGAGACUAUCGCAAAAGAGGAGAUGGAGCACAGUAAAGAUGAGGAAGAAGAUGAGGAGCAGUUCCCCUCAUUUGGAGAGUCUCAUAGUGACUAUGACACUGUAGUACAUUUAUUUUAUGGCUACUGGCAGAGCUUCUGUAUGCGCAAAAACUUUGCAUGGAAGGAGGAGUAUGACAGUCGACAGGCCUCCAACCGCUGGGAGAAGGGAGCCAUGGAAAAAGAAAACAAAAAAAACAGGGACAAGGCCAGGAAAGAGCACAGCGAGCUGGUGCGCCAACUAGUGGCCUUCGUCCGAAAACGUGACAAGCGUGUUCAGGCACAUAAGAAGCUGGUGGAAGAGCAGAACGCAGAGAAGGCCAAAAAAGUUGAAGAACUGAGGAGAAAACAGAAGCUCAGCCAGGCCAAGCUGGUGGAAGACUAUCAGGAACAGAGCUGGGCUGCCAUGCAGGAUCUGGUGUUAUUUUUGCAGCAGAUGGAAGCGCUGUACGGUCAAGAGUUUGGUGAUGCAUCAGAGAGUGAAGAGGACGAGGACGAGGAGGAGGUGGAAAACAGGCAAGAGAGGGCAAAUGUGGACAGGGGAGAUGUGGUGCAGGCAGAUGGUGCCGUGGAAACGGACGACUUUUAUGAUGACCUGUACUGCCCUGCCUGUGACAAAUCUUUCAAAUACGAUAAAGCUAUGAAAAACCAUGAGAAGUCUAAGAAACACAGAGAGAUGGUGGCAUUGCUACGGCAACAGCUGGAGGAAGAAAAGAUGCAGAGUCAGAACUCUGCUGAGAGAGAGGAGGAGGAGGAUGAUGAUGAUGAUGAACUUGAUGACACACCGAGACAAAAAUUAUCUAAAAGGCAAAAGAAACGUCAGCAGAAAAACAUAAAUCAGAAUCUUCCAGAACAGCCAGAGAUUGACAGUCCAGUCCUGCAGUUCACAGAAGAGCCACCCCCACCUGCACCUGAUUCAGGCAACAACGAAGACACCCCUGUCCUCUCUGAGGACCCAGAUGACAAACUAAAACCAGAGGGAUGUAAACCCACAAACCAAAAAAGCUCUGCAAAGACAAAAGAAAGGAAAGAAAGACGGAAAAGACUCUAAAAAGAACAGCAAACCACACGGAGGUGUGGAAGUUGCACAAGAGAAGGAAGUCAACCUGCGCUGUGUGACCUGUCAGUAUGAAUUUGCCACCAGGAACAAACUUUUCGAUCACCUGAAGACCACGGGCCACGCCAUCGCCCUCUCCUCCAGUAAUGCUGCCCAAAUGUGCAAGAAAAAGAAG